AUGUCAUUUGAAGUAGGGCCUAAAUCCAUAAUCAGACCAAGAUCAAAGGAAAGAGAGAAAUUUAUCUUGUUCAAAAACGACAAAAUUGAAUCUAUGGAAAUUAGGAAUAUACCUAAUUUCAAUUUUUCCAGCCAAGAACAUCCAUCUGAUACUUUUCAAGACUCAGCAAGAUACUACAGUUUCAAAGGCAAUAAGAUAAAUUUUGGCUCUAGACAUUCAAAAAAUCGUUCUAUAACUCUUCAAAAUACGUCAGAUGCCAUAAAUCAGAUGGAGCCAACGCCACUCCGUCGGUCACGAAUAGCAGCUAUUAUAGACCUGAAUCUCACUACUGAAAGAGGAAGGCACCAAAGAGAGUUAAGAUUGGAAAAUAAGUCCAAAAUUCAUAAAGCUCUUACUAAAAGUGUGAUCAGGUCCAAGACUCGGAACGAGCUCAACUUGAAAGCUAUGGAAAAAGACAAAGGCGAUAAAACCCAAGCAAUAGGACUUUGAAAUACUUCUCUCGACGAAGAGCCCUCUGGCAAUGUUACCCAUAGGAAGAGGAAUGCAGUAUUAAGAGGGAGUAUUACCAGAAGGAUCAAUAACUUCUCUGGACUGAGUAUGGUUCCACAUAAGAGGAACAAACCUCUUGUUACCUCCAGAGAGCAUCAAAAUCAAGCCAAUAGAAGAGUUAUUCAGCCAUCUUUUCGGACUAGAAAAAGUGUAUUUGCCAAACGGCAUAAUGCUAGGUAUAAAGAAAAAGUUUUCAAAGCUCAAAACAAACAAGCAGAGUGCUCUCACAUGACCUUUGACAAAUCAAAUAUUUCAAGUCAAAUUAAUGAUCGAAAAGAAUCAAGAAAGGAUUCGAUGCUAUCUUGAAUCGGGGAAUUUGAUGAAUCGUCGUGUCUAGCACCAAAGAUCGAUCUCACACCUCAUAUUAGAGUGAAGAUUAAAAGGAAAAAUCUCUUUAAGAUUCCGUGCUACUCUGAAGCUCGUGACCAAAUACUGGAUAAGAAAUUCAAAUAGUCAA